AUGCCGUCUUCGCUAAAUAUUGUUAUCUACGCUGCCGUAGGUCUCACUUUUAUAACAGCAUACAGAGCUUUUCAAUCUCGCAAGCAUCCACCGUACCCUCCAGGCCCGAAGCCACUCCCGGUGGUCGGCAAUGCACAUCAUAUGCCGACCGAGAAAGAGUGGAUUGCUUUCGCAGAUAUGGCUAAAGCAUACGGCGACAUAAUGCACCUCUCCGUUCUCGGACGUCACAUCAUUGUUCUCAGUUCUCCCAAAGCGGUUCACGAUCUCCUCGACCGUAGGAGCUCCAUCUACUCCGAUAGACCAAAAAUCACCAUGGCUGGAGAAAUAAUCGGUUACGUGGACACCAUACCUCUGCGUCCCUACGAUACUCACCAUCGCAUGGCACGCAAAUAUUUGGGCCAAGCUCUGUCCCCUCGUGAGGUGCAGGGCUGGCACAGAACGAUCCAGGACAAUAACAUGGAGUUCCUGCGUCAACUGCAUGUUUCUCCGAAUACCUUUCUUGCGCAGAUCAGGACGUUGGUAGCGUCAACAGUCCUACAGAUCUCUCACGCUCACAAGGUGACUGGAGACGAUGACUGGAUGUUGAAACUCGCAGAACGAGCCGAUCACGAAUUCAGCAUAGCGAGCACGCCCGGGGCAUUUCUUGUCGAUGUAUUUCCUCAGUUGAAAUACUUACCCGAGUGGUUCCCCGGUGCGGGUUUCAAGUGCAAAGCGAGAGAAUGGAGGAAGACCAUGGUCCAAGUCAGAGAUGAACCUUACAAGUACGUUUCGGAUCUCGUUAGAAAUGGAACCGCGCAGCCAUCCUUCACGGCCAGCCUCAUCGAGAAUAAUCCCCACCCCACCCCAGAAGAAGAAAUCGUACUCAAAUGGACAUCGGUUGCAUUCUACGCUGCAGGAGCUGAUACCACCGUAUCCGCUAUAACAUCGUUCUUCUUAGCUAUGCUCACCAACCCCGAAGUGCAACGUAAGGCCCAGGUCGAGAUCGACAAAGUUGUCGGGACUGCCCGGCUUCCUACCUUUGACGAUCGAGAGGAGUUGGUUUACUUAGAUUCCGUGCUGAAGGAGGUUCAUCGUUGGAAUCCUGUGGCGAAUCUGGGCAUUCCGCACUCGCUAAUACAAGAUGAUCAUUACAAAGGCUUCUACCUUCCCGCUGGAUCCGUCAUCAUAGCGAAUAAUUGGUGGGUGGGAAUCCUACACGACCCUGAUAUCUACCCAAAUCCGUUUGACUUUGAUCCAGCUCGUUACCUUUCCCAGCCUUCAGGACAACCCUCAACUGUGACACAGACGAAUCCCGACCCGCGAGCUUUUGUCUUCGGAUAUGGCAGGCGCAUCUGUCCAGGUCGUCAUCUCGCCGAGGAUUCGCUGUUCAUCACUGCAGCCACGAUGCUCUCGGUCUUCAACAUCCUUCCUUGCGUUGAUGAUCAUGGUAAUCCACUGAAGAAACAGGUAGAAUAUACAGGCGGAACGAUCAGCCAUCCCAAACCGUUCAAAUGUCGGAUCCAAGCAAGAUCUCCAGAUGCUGAGAGGCUCAUUUGGUAG